AUGUUUGGCCAAGCCACAGGGUUGUCGCUCUUCACGGGUCUCCUGGCCGUGUGCCCGGCAAUCGCAGUGGCUUCUAAUUGUCGCUGCUUCCCCGGUGAUGCCUGCUGGCCCUCCCAGGAUGCUUGGGCGAAAUUUAAUCAGUCAAUUGACGGCCGGCUGGUAGCCACGGUGCCUUUGGGUACUCCGUGCCACGAUCCUAAUUACAACGAAGCCGAAUGCAAGAAGCUACGCGAGGGAUGGACACUUCCAGAGCUUCACUAUGAAACCCCGUCUUCUAUUAUGGCUCCCUGGUUUGCCAAUGAUACCUGUGAUCCUUUCCACCCCGAAUCAAAGCCUUGCACCCUCGGCAACUAUGUGGUUUACGCGGUUGACGUGGCUAAGCCUGAGCAUGUCUCUACGGCGUUGAAAUUCGCCAAAGAACAUAACAUUCGUGUGAUCCCCCGCAACACCGGACAUGACUAUAAUGGCAAGUCUACCGGAGCCGGCUCCCUGGCUAUCUGGAUGCACCAUCUCAAGGACAUUGAAAUCAAGGAAUACAAGGACAAGCAUUACCAAGGAAAGGCCAUCAAGAUGGGCGCAGGUGUGCAAGGCUCCGAAGCGUACGCGGCCGGCGAGAAAGCGGGUCUCCAGGUGGUGGGCGGCGAGUGUCCAUCGGUGGGAGUCGCUGGAGGUUAUUCCCAGGGUGGAGGCCAUUCGGCCCUGUCCUCGCGGUACGGCCUUGGCGCGGACCAGGCGCUGGAGUGGGAGGUGAUUGAUGGCAAGGGUAAUUUUAUUACCGCUACUCGCGACAACGAGCAUUCCGACCUUUAUUGGGCACUCAGCGGUGGUGGUAGUGGCACCUAUGGUGUUGUGUGGUCGCUGACAUCCAAGGCGCACCCUGGCACGCCCGUUUCCGGUUUGAACUUGACCUUCACCAAUGAAGGCAUCUCCCAAGAUACCUUCUAUAAGACCGUGUCGCUCUGGCAGUCCGUUCUGCCAUCCGUCGUGGAUGCUGGUGCUAUGGCCAUUUGGAUGUUCACCAACACCACUUUCGCCAUCUCACCGUUGACUGGCCCUAACAUCCCCGUUGCAGACCUGGAGAAGCUCGUACAGCCCUUCACCGAUGGUUUGACCAAGCUGGGAAUCACCUAUAAGACCUAUUCGGAGCAGUUCGAUAGCUACCUGGCCCAGUUCAAUGGCAUGCAGAGCCCGAUUGAGGUGGGCAUCGCCCAGUACGGUGGAUGGCUGAUCCCUCGGUCGGUGGUGGAAACCAACAACGAGGGACUCACUGCCGCAUACAGGCACAUCACCGAGGACGGAGCCACCUUUAUCGGCGUGGGCCUGAACGUGUCCAAGACGUUGGUGGGGGAUGUGGACAACGCGGUACUGCCCGCUUGGCGCGAGACCCUGAUCCACAGCACCAUCACAACUCCCUGGAAGUGGAACGCCAGGGCCGAAAUGCUCGCCGAGCAGAACAAAAUGACGGACGAUUACAUCCCGGCAUUGACCAAGGUUGCUCCCAAUUCUGGUGCCUACAUGAAUGAGGCCGACUUCCGCCAACCCAACUUCCAAAAGUACUUCUACGGGGACAAUUAUGCGGCCCUGCGCAAGAUCAAGACCAAGUACGACCCGGAUAACCUGUUCUAUGCCACUACCGCCGUUGGAUCAGAUGAGUGGACUGUUCGUGAGGACGGACGUUUGUGCCGUGCCUAAGGCUAAGGUGGGAGC